CUAAUUAAGCCAGCUUGCUUGUCAUUUACUAACUUGCUUAUUUACUUAUUUACUUAAAAACAAAUAAAAUAUAACGAAUUUCUUUACUUACUCAUCACAACACAACUAAAAUACUAACGAAAGCCAUAGUUUUUUUACCAUCCUUUCUCCUCCAUAUUUAUUUAUUUAAUUCGUUAUUUAUUCUUAUAUUUAAAGAUAGAAUAAUAUUGGUGAUGACGGUGCUAAAGAUUUAGGCACAGGAAUAGCCUAGUGCAAGAAUAUCACAACUUUGAAUCUUUACUUAGACUAAUUAAGCCAGCUUGCUUGUCAUUUACUAACUUGCUUAUUUACUUAUUUACUUAAAAAAAAAUAAAAUAUAACGAAUUUCUUUACUUACUCAUCACAACACAACUAAAAUACUAACGAAAGCCAUAGUUUUUUUACCAUCCUUUCUCCUCCAUAUUUAUUUAUUUAAUUCGUUAUUUAUUGUUAUAUUUAAAGAUAGAAUAAUAUUGGUGAUGACGGUGCUAAAGAUUUAGGCACAGGAAUAGCCUAGUGCAAGAAUAUCACAACUUUGAAUCUUUACUUAGAUUAUUAGCUAAUUAAGCCAGCUUGCUUGUCAUUUACUAACUUGCUUAUUUACUUAUUUACUUAAAAACAAAUAAAAUAUAACGAAUUUCUUUACUUACUCAUCACAACACAACUAAAAUACUAACGAAAGCCAUAGUUUUUUUACCAUCCUUUCUCCUCCAUAUUUAUUUAUUUAAUUCGUUAUUUAUUGUUAUAUUUAAAGUUCGAAUAAUAUUGGUGCAUAGGGUGCUAAAGAUUUAGGCAUAGGAAUAGCCUAGUGCAAGAAUAUCACAACUUUGGCGCUAUAAUUAUUUUUAAAUUAUAAUUUUGUGAUUCAAUUGAAGAAAUUCCUCGAAGAAUAAUUAUAAGCUAAAGAAAUAACUAUAUUAUGACAUUCAACUAAUAGUUAAAUGUAACAAACCUGAUUAAUAAUUAAAAAAUUAAAAAGUUAAGUUCUGCAUAAAUAAAUAAAUAUGUUUCAUAAAUAUAUUUAUUUUUUAAUUUUGUUUUUUAUAAAUAUAUUGAUUAAUUAGAUAAUAGUUAUUAUUUAUUUAUUGUUUGA